UUGUCAGGUGGCGCUGUCGCUGUGGAAAGAUGCGAUCAGCGAAGAGCGGAGGCUUUUCCUUAAUUGCUCAUUUCGGUAACAGAGCCUCAACAACGCGAAACCAACCCUCUGUGGUCGCUCCUGUUUAAGAGACCACCUCCGCAUACCCACCACAGCGUGUACCCAAGAAAUGUCCAUGUUAUAAGCAGACAACGCAGACAUUACCCGGCGGUUUUGGCUCGAGCAUGACUUGGUGUCACUCUGGCUUGUGCCAUAAAUGCUGUCAGAAAACCUCAGCUCAUCAGACUCAGUGGGUGAUGACUAGUGGAGAUGGAGACAGAUGGGCGAGAGACACGAUGAUGACACUGUCUGCUGUCUGGGAUCACAAAAAGCCUCAUGGAAAUCCCCAGUAUGUCCAAGCGGCGCUCGUCUGACAGGGGGGCUGGAGAGGCAUCAGGCAGGGCCAGCAAGCUACAAUGUCCUGGGAUAUCUGGCAAUAAUGCCAAGAGAGCUGGGCCCUUCAUACUUGGGCCUCGCCUGGGCAACUCACCAGUGCCCAGCAUAGUGCAAUGUCUGGCCAGAAAGGACGGCACUGACGACUUCUAUCAGCUCAAAAUCCUGACACUGGAGGAGCGGGUGGACUCUGCAGGGGAGACUCAGGAAGAGAGACAGGGGAAGAUGCUGCUGCACACGGAGUACUCCCUGCUUUCUCUCCUGCACAACCAGGAUGGGGUGGUCCACCACCACGGCCUAUUCCAGGAUCGCGCCUAUGAAAUAGUGGAGGAUAUGGAGGCCAACAAGGUGCGCAAGAUGAAGAAGCGGAUCUGCCUCGUGCUGGACUGCUUGUGUGCUCAUGACUUCAGCGACAAGACGGCAGAUCUAAUAAACCUCCAGCAUUAUGUCAUAAAGGAGAAGCGACUGAGCGAGCGUGAGGCCAUCGUAAUCUUCUACGAUGUGGUGCGUGUGGUGGAGGCCCUACAUAAGAAAAACAUUGUGCACAGAGACCUCAAGCUGGGAAACAUGGUGCUGAACAAACGGUAAGAUGAAACGCAUGCACUCAUUCAGCCUCAGUUAGCUGUCCAAUAACCCCUCCCCAUAAUAACAG